GUUCCCUGUCAGUGGAGGCAGCGGCGGUAGAGGCGGUGGCGGCGACUUGCGGCAGCAGCGAGGAGAUGGAGAAGCUGAGGGCACGGAGCCCUCAAAUGCCUCGCGCGAGGUCCCUGAGGGCUCGAACCCAAGUCUGUCAGAAUCCGGAGCCCAAGUGUCCCCCACCAUACUGGAAGUUGCUCAGCUCUGAAGAAAGACGUGGCGUAUAACCCCUUCCUCCUGAGAGCAGACAAUACACUUGAGGGGGUAGCAGGAAGUCCGCUGUCCUGCUCCCGGCUGGUGUCCUGCCUCAGGACACCCCCUUCGGGCUUCCCUGGUGACGCAGUGGUUAAGAAUCCGCCUGCCAAUGCAGGGGACACGGGUUCAAGCCCUGGUCCGGGAAGAUCCCACAUGUCACGGAGCAACUAAGCACGUGCGCCUGCACUCCAGAGCCCGCGAGCCACAACUACUGAGCCUGUGUGCCACAACUAUUGAAGCCCACACGCCUAGAGCCCGUGCUCCGCAACAAGAGAAACCACUGCAAUGAGAAGCCCACGCACCGCAACGAAGAGUAGCCCCUGCUCGUCGCAACUAGAGAAAGCCCGCGCGCAGCAAGGAAGACCCAACGCAGCCUCAUUAAUUAAUUAAUUAAUUUUUAAAAAAAGAACACUCCUUCAUGCUCUUUCCCCAUCCCUGGGGAUCGGGGAGCAGGCUUUGGGCUGUGAAGCUCCUGCUGCCUGCGUGGCCCAGCCUCUCUGCCUCCCCUGCUCUGGGGUGCCCCUUCCCCCAGUUUCAGCCUUGGCAGCCGCCCCUGCCUCCAGCACUGUGGGACAGGAGAAAUUUGUACCCUGGGCCAGUGACUCAGGCCAAGCAGAUGGCGUGGCCUCCCUGGGCAGAAGCAGCUCUGGGUGCCUGGCUGGUGCGGGGACAAUGCGUAGUGCCUAAGGCGUCCUCAGGAGUAAACCCACCCAAGUGGGAGAAAAGAGCGUGUGUCUCCCUGGAACUAGUUGAGACGUCCCUGGAGGAUGGAGGAUCUCCGUGCCAGUGGCACCAGCUAUGCUGAAGUUUCAAACUGUCCGUGGGGGCCUGAGGCUCCUAGGUAUCCGCCGAACCUCCACUGCCCCUGCUGCCUCGCCCAGUGUCCGGCGCCUGGAGUACAAGCCCAUCAAGAAGGUCCUGGUGGCCAACAGAGGCGAGAUCGCCAUCCGUGUGUUCCGGGCCUGCACGGAGCUGGGCAUCCGCACCGUGGCUGUCUACUCGGAGCAGGACACUGGCCAGAUGCACCGACAGAAAGCUGACGAAGCCUACCUCAUCGGCCGCGGCCUCGCCCCGGUGCAGGCCUAUCUGCACAUCCCAGACAUCAUCAAGGUGGCCAAGGAAAACAACGUGGAUGCUGUGCACCCUGGCUAUGGGUUCCUGUCAGAGCGAGCAGACUUUGCCCAGGCCUGCCAGGAUGCCGGGGUUCGGUUCAUUGGGCCGAGCCCUGAGGUGGUCCGCAAGAUGGGAGAUAAGGUGGAGGCCCGGGCCAUCGCCAUCACUGCAGGUGUCCCCGUGGUCCCCGGCACAGACGCCCCCAUCACUUCCCUGCACGAGGCUCACGAUUUCUCCAACACCUAUGGCUUCCCCAUUAUCUUCAAGGCCGCCUAUGGGGGCGGGGGGCGCGGCAUGAGGGUCGUGCAGAGCUACGAGGAGCUGGAGGAGAACUACACCCGGGCCUACUCGGAGGCUCUGGCCGCCUUCGGGAAUGGGGCGCUCUUCGUGGAGAAGUUCAUUGAGAAGCCGCGCCACAUCGAGGUGCAGAUCCUGGGGGACCAGUACGGGAACAUCCUGCACCUGUAUGAGCGAGACUGCUCCAUCCAGCGGCGGCACCAGAAGGUGGUCGAGAUCGCCCCUGCUGCCCACCUGGACCCCCAGCUUCGGAGCCGGCUCACCAGUGACUCUGUCAAACUUGCAAAGCAGGUGGGCUACGAGAACGCGGGCACGGUGGAAUUCCUGGUGGACAAGUACGGCAAGCACUACUUCAUUGAGGUCAACUCGCGCCUGCAGGUGGAGCACACCGUCACCGAGGAGAUCACCGAUGUGGACCUGGUCCACGCCCAGAUCCACGUGGCCGAGGGCCGGAGCCUGCCUGACCUUGGCCUGCGGCAAGAGAACAUCCGCAUCAACGGCUGUGCCAUCCAGUGCCGGGUCACCACUGAGGACCCCUCGCGCAGCUUCCAGCCAGACACCGGCCGCAUUGAGGUGUUCCGGAGCGGGGAGGGCAUGGGCAUCCGCCUGGACAACGCCUCUGCCUUCCAAGGCGCCGUCAUCUCCCCCCACUACGACUCCCUGCUGGUCAAAGUCAUCGCCCACGGCAAGGACCACCCCACAGCCGCCACGAAGAUGAGCAGAGCCCUUGCCGAGUUCAGAGUCCGAGGCGUAAAGACCAACAUCCCCUUCCUGCAGAAUGUGCUCAACAACCAGCAGUUCCUGGCAGGCACCGUGGACACCCAGUUCAUCGAUGAGAACCCGGAGCUAUUCCAGCUGCGGCCUGCACAGAACCGGGCCCAGAAGCUGCUGCACUACCUUGGACACGUCAUGGUGAACGGCCCAACCACCCCGAUCCCCGUCAAGGCCAGCCCCAGCCCCAUGGACCCUAUUGUCCCUGUGGUGCCCAUAGGCCUGCCCCCGGCUGGCUUCAGAGACAUCCUGCUGCGGGAGGGUCCCGAGGGCUUUGCUCAAGCGGUGAGGAACCACCAGGGGCUGCUGCUGAUGGACACGACCUUUAGAGACGCCCACCAGUCACUGCUGGCCACGCGUGUGCGAACCCACGAUCUCAAAAAGAUCUCCCCCUACGUUGCCCACAACUUCAGCAAACUCUUCAGCAUAGAGAACUGGGGAGGAGCCACAUUUGAUGUUGCGAUGCGCUUCCUGUACGAGUGCCCUUGGCGGCGGCUGCAGGAGCUCCGGGAGCUCGUCCCUAACAUCCCGUUCCAGAUGCUGCUGCGGGGGGCCAAUGCCGUGGGCUACACCAACUACCCCGACAAUGUGGUUUUCAAGUUCUGUGAGGUGGCCAAGGAGAAUGGCAUGGAUGUCUUCCGGGUCUUUGACUCCCUCAACUACCUGCCCAACCUGCUGCUGGGCAUGGAGGCGGCGGGCAGCGCCGGUGGUGUGGUAGAGGCCGCGAUCUCCUACACGGGUGACGUGGCCGACCCCAGCCGUACCAAAUACUCGCUGCAGUACUACAUGGGCUUGGCUGAAGAGCUGGUGCGAGCUGGCACCCACAUCCUGUGCAUCAAGGACAUGGCAGGGCUGCUGAAGCCAAUGGCCUGCACCAUGCUGGUCACCUCCCUCCGAGACCGCUUCCCUGACCUCCCACUGCACAUCCACACGCAUGACACAUCAGGGGCGGGCGUGGCAGCCAUGCUGGCCUGUGCCCACGCUGGCGCUGAUGUGGUAGACGUGGCAGCUGACUCCAUGUCUGGAAUGACUUCACAGCCCAGCAUGGGGGCCCUGGUGGCCUGUACCCGAGGGACUCCCCUGGACACAGGGGUGCCCCUGGACCGUGUGUUUGACUACAGUGAGUACUGGGAGGGGGCCCGGGGACUGUAUGCGGCCUUUGACUGCACGGCCACCAUGAAGUCUGGCAACUCUGAUGUGUAUGAGAACGAGAUCCCAGGGGGCCAGUACACCAACCUGCACUUCCAAGCAUACAGCAUGGGGCUCGGCUCCAAGUUCAAGGAGGUCAAGAAGGCCUAUGUGGAGGCCAACCAGAUGCUGGGCGACCUCAUCAAGGUAACCCCCUCCUCCAAGAUCGUGGGGGACCUGGCCCAGUUUAUGGUGCAGAACGGGCUGAGCCGGGCAGAGGCCGAAGCUCAGGCAGAAGAGCUGUCCUUCCCCCGCUCAGUGGUGGAGUUCCUGCAGGGGUACAUUGGCAUCCCCCACGGGGGGUUCCCUGAGCCCCUUCGCUCCAAGGUGCUAAAGGACCUGCCAAGGGUGGAGGGACGGCCUGGAGCCUCCCUCCCUCCCCUGGAUCUGCAGGCACUGGAGAAGGAGCUGAUAGAACGGCAUGGGGAGGAGGUGACCCCAGAGGAUGUACUCUCAGCGGCCAUGUACCCCGACGUCUUUGCCCACUUCAAGGACUUCACUGCCACCUUUGGCCCCCUGGACAGCCUCAAUACCCGCCUCUUCCUGCAGGGACCCAAAAUUGCAGAGGAGUUUGAGGUGGAGCUGGAGCGAGGCAAGACGCUGCACAUCAAAGCCCUGGCCAUAAGUGACCUGAACCGGGCCGGCCAGAGGCAGGUCUUCUUCGAGCUCAAUGGACAGCUGCGAUCCAUUCUGGUCAAGGAUACUCAGGCCAUGAAGGAGAUGCACUUCCACCCCAAGGCCCUGAAGGAUGUGAAGGGCCAAAUUGGGGCACCCAUGCCUGGGAAGGUGAUAGACAUCAAGGUGGCAGCAGGGGCCAAGGUGACCAAGGGCCAGCCUCUGUGUGUGCUCAGUGCCAUGAAGAUGGAGACUGUAGUGACUUCGCCCCUGGAGGGCACUGUCCGCAAGGUCCACGUGACUACAGAUAUGACACUGGAGGGUGACGACCUCAUCCUGGAGAUUGAGUGAUCUUGCCCCGGACUGGCAGCCUGGCCAUCCCCACCCCAAGCCUUCAAGAUGCUGCGCUGCCAGGGCAGGCCCAGGCCAGCCAGUGCCCGAGGGCAGGAAGGCCGGGCCCUGGAGCUCCUGUCCUCCGUUGUUUGUGGCAGGAGAGACACUGCCUGUGGUGGCCCAUGCCUUUCCUGCUGCCCUCUGUCCUUUCCCUGCCGGUGGACAGUCGCUCACAUAUUCAUCCCUUGCCAAAUAAGGGUCCCCUCCUUGCUGGAGACUACAGGUGGGGGUGCAGGCAGGCCUGGGACCCAGGGGAGCAGACUUAGGGGCCCUGCCUCCUGCAGGGGAAACCUAAGCCCCAGGUGUGAGAACUUCGCUCAAUAAAACUGGCUUUCCCCUCCCCUC